AUGCCGUCAAAUUUCCUUAAUGUGUCAUAUCACUCCUUGAAUGCCUGUGAACGCCUUAUCCUCCUCGAAACUGAUCCGAAGGAAUUGAGAGACUACAGCAUUCUCCUUUACCAUUGUGGAUUUUAUGAGGAAUCACAGAAGUACCUCGAGUUGUAUCAGGAAACAAAGAAACAAUCAUCUGAUUCAGUUGGCGACUUACAGGAAGAUGCUGUGGAGAAACUGAUGACUCGCCUUAACCUCAUAUUGAUGGAGGAUGGUUGGUCUAGGCCUUCAUCUGCUAGAAGUUUCCUCUGCAACAACUCUGACCCAUGGUAA